AUGUACCAGAACGCUCUUGCCAUCUUCUUCCAGCUGUGCCUGGCCACUUUUGCCUUUGCCGCUCCCCUCGCCGGUGAGGUCUCGGCUACCACCACGGAUGCCUGGCAAUACGGUACUGGCGGCGGUAUCAUUGGAUUCGUCGUCCUGGUUCUCGAUAUCAUCGUCUUUAUCGAGGUCCUGCAGUCGAACCGCCCUCCCUCCCACAAGCUUCUCUGGUGUCUCGUCGUCUUCAUCUUCCCCGUCGUCGGCAUGAUUAUUUACUGGCUCUUCUCCAACCGCCAAGCCCACAAGGCUGGCUCCUAUGAGCCUUUGGCAUAG